AGUGUGUCAUUUAGUCAGCUGUCUCAUCUGAAGAGACAUAAGCGCAUACAUAGUGGUGAAAAGCCAUUUUGCUGUCAUGUAUGUAAAAUUUCAUUCAUUUCGAAGGGUGAACUGAAGAGGCAUAUAUGCAUACAUAGUGCGGAGAAGCCAUUUUGUUGCAUCGUGUGUAAUAAGUCAUUUAGUCAGCAGAGUCAUCUGAAGGCACAUAAACGCAUACAUAGUGGUGAAAAGCCAUUUUGCUGUGAUGUAUGUAGUGUGUCAUUUAGUCAGCUGUCUCAUCUGAAGAGACAUAAGCGCAUACAUAGUGGUGAAAAGCCAUUUUGCUGUCAUGUAUGUAAAAUUUCAUUCAUUUCGAAGGGUGAACUGAAGAGGCAUAUAUGCAUACAUAGUGCGGAGAAGCCAUUUUGUUGCAUCGUGUGUAAUAAGUCAUUUAGUCAGCAGAGUCAUCUGAAGGCACAUAAACGCAUACAUAGUGGUGAAAAGCCAUUUUGCUGUCAUGUAUGUAAAAUUUCAUUCAUUUCGAAGGGUGAACUGAAGAGGCAUAUAUGCAUACAUAGUGCGGAGAAGCCAUUUUGUUGCAUCGUGUGUAAUAAGUCAUUUAGUCAGCAGAGUCAUCUGAAGGCACAUAAACGCAUACAUAGUGGCGAAAAGCCAUUUCGCUGUGAGGUAUGUAAUAAGUCGUUCAUCUGUAAGAGUCAUGUAAAGAGACAUCAGCACAUA